GCUCCGAAACAGCACGCUUACGUGCACCGUUCGCGUCGUCAGUCUCGCGGCGAGCGUCGUACAGUGCGUGUUGUCGUUCGUUUUAAUGGUGGAGAGGUUGUUCCGUGUUCCCGCAGCGUUGAAACCAAAUAUUUCCGCGGAUUCGAAAACCAAGCGACGGGUGUGCGUGACAGCCGAGAAGUUAGUGACACUUCCGGCGGGAAGGUAUCGACGACGCGUCGGUAAACCGUUUGCAUUCGUCGAUCACGAGUAUUCGAAGAUCAGGAAGGGAGCGCCGGGAUCCGCGCGAACGUCGAGAGAACGCGUCGCUAUGGGUACCCAGCAUUGUGGCCCGCGGGUGUAGUGCGAACGCGUAAUCAAGAGGAAGCCCAGAGUGAAAGGGAGACGGGGGAUCGACAGUUAAGAAAAACAGAGAGGGAUAGAGGUCACCGGGGUAGGGGAAAAAGUGCCGCGAGCCAGGAUAAGAAACGGACAGGCACGAACGGAGACCGGCGAGAAGGGAAGACAGAGAACGACCGUGGACAAGCGUGACCGGCGAGACUUCGAAAGGCUACUCUCUCGUGGCCGCAAGUGAGAACGGGGCCCAAGAGUGACCGAGACGGCGAGAAUAAUGCGGACUCGGUACUUCCGCCUUGAUCAACAGGACGUUCGGGUCUACUCGUAAUGAAGAAAAAUGCUAAAGGAAGAAGUUGAUUUUGAAGAAGUCUGAGUUCCCAUGUUACCAUUAUUCUCAGAAAUACAACGAUGCACUUGCAGGAUGCAAUUGCGCCCUUUCCCAUCAUUCUUCACGCAUGAGCAUUAAGAUUUCGCGAGGAGGUCUAACGAACGUUGAGAUGACUCGAGGAAGAAGAUUACCUCCCGCAUUAAGAGUAUGCAUAGGUACGUUCCUGCUGCUCUUCACCACCGUAACAGCGGACACGAUAAUAGGUUCGUCUUCAGUCCUCGACGAAAUCCUCGCUUCGAAUGCGUCGGUAGCUGCAAAGAACAAAACGAUAUUGAACAAGAUACCUUCAAGAGACGAAACGCUAGAAUUCGCCUCAGUGGACAGCGAUAGAAAAUCAAUCAGCUCGCAGAAUGCGAGUAAAAACGAUGCAGAGUCAGCGUUCAGCAAGCUUGCCAAUGAUGCCAAAACAGAGGACGAAGAGAAAGUGCCAACUCCGAUUGACAGAGAGUUCGAGGGGCAAGGGGCAAGACCACGGAACGAAGUCGACUGGUCCUCGGAUUCGAACAACGCAAGCUCGAAGUAUGAUGAAACUCUUUAUGGAACUUCGGGGAAGAGUUCCAGCACGAAAACAAUCUCCGAAGAGUCGAACAGAUUAUCCAGGACGAACGAUUUGAUCGUUGCAACCACAAAACCCGCGUUGGAAGAGUCGAAAUCCGACGAAAAGACAAAUGAGACGAUUCCCGACGUCGGUCAUCAUGACAAAAACAAAACGAACGAAUCGUCUACGUCCAAAGAAGAACAUGAAACUAUUACAGAAAAAGGAACAUCUUCAAACGAAUCCGAGAUUUCCAAACUGGAGGGGAAAAAUGUUGAAGAUAGAUCGACCACGCAUAAAACUCUUUCAUCGGAGAAGCUUCAAGAGAGGCUGAAGAAAACAGAAGACUUGAGCCCGACGAAGAACGUCGAGGUACCUGACCUAAAGGAAACGGAUGAGAAUAAAGAGAGCAGCGAGCCUAUCUCGUUAAUCAACGACACGUACGUCAACUACAGUCGCCAUUACAAGACCUCGACGGAAAAAAACUCGGGAACGGUCUCAGGAGGGCAGUCGAGUGCUAUCGAGAACGCCACUAACUUUAUCUCCAAAGACAGUGCCAUAACUCAGAAACCGAGGGAUCCUAAAGAGGACGUGGAAGUUGUCGGCAACGCGACCGAAGUGGCAGUUGAAAGGAUUGAAGCGCAGCAAUCUCAGAAUUCAACGAGAUCUCUAGAUGAGUUUAAUCAUUCGCUAAGUCCAAACGAAUCGCUACACGAUCCUCCUAAAUCCGAAAAAAUCGCGAUCGAAACGCAUGAGCUGAUCGACGAGAAGAAUCAGCAGAAACUGAUGGAAGCUGCAACCGAUAAAUCAAAUCAGACUGAAGCUUUAGCAACUCAAGACGCUUCUAGCCCUGUUCCUAGAGGCAGGACCAUCGCCUUUUCAGGGAUAAAUGAAUUCCCGAAUCUAGACACGAAACCCACAACAACUUCGAAAAUCGACGUAGCAUUUUCGAAGAAGAACAUUAGCUCUGAGAAGCUAGCAGAGCAAAAGCCUUAUCCUUACAUGAAAUCAUCCACGAAAGAAGAAGCUCAUAAUGCUAGCAAUCAAGUGGUCGACGCUACAACCGAAGAAGCUUCAGCACUGGAGAAUACGAUCGUCAGGGGUCAACCAGAUGAAAAGUUCAUAGUUACAGAGGCUUCCGACGUUUUAGAGAAUAGCAUCCAGCAGUUCAAGCCUACGUACUAUGAGAAGUCUAGCAAUGAUUCCUCGACAGUUUCGACAACUCCGCUUCGUCCGUCAGUGGCUACGACCACGGUGUCACCGUCGACGUCAGACGAAGCGCGGCCGACGAAUCGGUCGGUCGGAUCUAUCGAUCCGGCGACGGCCGAGGGGAAGUCCUCGACCAGCGGAAAUGAUGUUCCGCGAUGGAGCGAAGGUCGCGACGCGAUUACUGGGAGCGGGAACUUCGACAUGACCGGGAACGGAAUAACGGAAGUCAGCGUAAAACCGGAGAGCGCCGAUAAACGAACUUACGAGCCGCCUUUCCGCGGAACCGGCGACCGAACCACAUCCGGCCCAGCGACGCAAACGGAGGACGGGUUGAACGUUGCCGACGUUCAGACAAACGCUGAAAGCUCGCUGUUAAUCCGAUCGACUCUAAACGCCACGGAACUCGCCACCGAGUACCCUUUGGUCAAAAAGAACUCUUCCGAAGAAGACACUACCAUUGCUACCAACUUAGAGAUCACCACUGUGAAGAUACCUGAUAACAUCACCGAACCACCUACCACCGUCGAUACAUUAAAAAAUGUCACCGAAACACCUGACACCCCGGAUACGAAUGGUACAAAUGAAAUCCCUUCCGGUGUCACUGGUUCUUUCAGUUCUGAUGAUAGCCCCGUACCCUCGACGACGACGAUAGAAUAUGAAUUCGUCGGGCUCUCUGAGACAACUACUUUCUUUAAUCCAAAUGUUACCGAGGAAACGGUGUCUUCCGAUGUUCACGGGUCUCCUAGUGAAACCACGACUGUGCCCACGGUGCAGGAUCUAUUUGGUAAGAAUUCCCUGAAUGAGACGUCGACAGUGAAGAUUGCAGCGGUUACUGAGAGUUCUUUGAUCGAUGAAACGGAGACUACUGAUAAUGAGGAGAGAUUGAGUGCAUCGACCACUGAGCAGACGACGGUUCCUAUAUCGACGACGAAUUUAGGGGCUAGGGAUGAUGUUACGACUCAGACGAAUGUUAUUGAGGAAGAGACUAGUCAGAGCUCGACGAGGGAGGAUGAGGGGCAGAAAACGAGUAGCGCGACGGAUUCUUGGACUACCGUGAGUGAGGAUGAUGCAGGUGUCACUGGGAGGACGGAAGAGUCGUUUACAACGGAUUCCAAAGAUUCUCGGCGUAUGCUGAACGUUACUGAAACUCCGGCUCAGGCCACAAUGGCGCCGGGUAUUAGCACGACAGGUGCGACUCGAGUGGCUGGCUUCAGCCCCUUUGUGCCGAGUAGUCCGCGACCGGGGAUCACAUUUUCGAGCACCAGCAGCAGCACUCCAGCUGCUCCCGGGGUACCGAUGGAGACGACAGAUGACACGAGGAUGUCACCCGGCCCCGAGGAGAUCACUUCGUUGGUGCAUAUCGUCAUGGAAGGCACCUGGAAUGAAAUUUGCCUGGAGAUGGAGAAGCUGAGGUCGACUCUGGCUGAGGUUUUGAAGGUUGGGAUGAAGGGGUCGGUUUCUGAUAAGCAAAUUAUGUUCCAUCGGCAACCUCGACUCUGCCCGGAGGUUGCGAGUUCCACACCGACGACAUCGGAUAUACCGUUGACGUCGAUACUGGUUUACGUCGUUGACGAAAACGGAAAAUUCGACAGCACUAUGACAAAUAGUUUGCCUACUUUGUACCAAGACGUCAAAGAUACUGUCAAAUUCCCUAUUGCAAUACACAGCUUUCGUCUGGAAACGAUCCCGGAUUCCGGAAAUGCGAUAGCAGUGGUUGUGGUCUCCGUGGUUGCUUUCAUCUGUCUGCUUCUUCUGGCCGGUCUCCUGUUUAUAAUGCGGAAAAGGCAAACGAGAUUCAAUUACGGCGAAAGGUGUCGUCCAGUGUCUUUAGACGCUUACAGUGUGGACAGCGUUUCAGCGUACAACAGCGUGAGACGCAAAGGAGUGGCCAGAUCUUCGAAAAGAAGUUACGGAAAUCCCACGUUCGAGGAUUCGAGCGCUAUACCGUCCCACCCUUUGAAUUUUGCCGGGCUUUCAUCUUUCUGUAACGACGUUAAUGCAAUCAACGAGGAAUUCUCCGGUAUUCCGCAAGUUUCGGCGAAGAUAGACGAGCUGCCGGCCGGGGCUGAAGUGAAGAACAGAUACGCGAACGUGAUACCUCUCCCGGAAACGAGGGUGCCGCUCCAAAAAAUUAACAACGAUUCUCUUACGGAAUACAUUAACGCCAGUUACGUCAGGGGACCAAAGAACGCGAUGCGGUAUUAUAUCGCUUGUCAAGCACCAAUGGAGUUGACCGUUACCGACUUCUGGAGAAUGAUCUGGGAGCAGCAGUGCAAAGUGAUCAUCAUGUUAACCGACCUCGUUGAAAAUGGAGUGGAAAAGUGUACCGAGUACAUUCCACCCUCAGAAAUAACUGACUGCCACCGGUUGUACGGUGAUUUCCAAGUAACUCUGAAGAAGAGAGAAACCAAAGAAAAAUAUGCCAUUUCCACGCUUCAUUUAAAGAAUUUGGAGAAUAACACGUUCAGGGAGGUGUAUCAUAUUUGGUAUUUGUGGCCUGUCAAUGGCGCACAAUCGGACGGAGCGGGCUUGAUAGCCGUGCUUCUUGAGGCGAGGGCACUCCAAAGGGGUGGCCCUGGACCCAUUGUGGUCCACUGUAGUCCCGGCACUGGACGCACGGGAACGUUAAUAGCUCUUGACCUAGGAAUUAGACAAUAUGAGAUUACGAGAACUGUGGACGUGCCAAGGGUCGUUUACACUAUCAGACGGGAUCGUGCUGGGGCUGUCCAGACGAAGGAACAAUAUGCGUUCAUUUAUAAGGCUUUAAAUUUGUACGCUACUAAAUUAGCCGGCGGUGUAUUGGAUUCAACGUGAAUUAAUCGAGUGAAGAUCGAAAAUCUUUUGCGUCGAAGAGAGAUUAAUGCAGAUCAGAAAUCUGUUGUAUCAAUGAAGGGUAAAAGGAACAUCACCAGAGGCGACGUACAGCGCGAGAUUAUGAAACACUCGAGUUCUAAGAUUUAUCUAAGUAGGAAGAUACUAUGUAAUAAUUGAAUUAAAAAAGGCGACUUGUGAUAAGUGGACCAUUCCGACGAUCAAUUAUCGUCUCUAUCGAUUUUUACUUGAUCUAUUAGGAACUUGAGGAAUUGAUAAGAGAAAAUUGAGACACCAGUUCCCAUUUACUUGUCUUUCUCUUUCGGCCUAUAUUACGUCUAUUAUAAUUAUACAAUUGCUAAUUACAACUUAAAAGGAAUUUUCACGUAAUAUUAGGACGAUUCUGGCGAAAUAAAUAAUAUUACAAUAUAAUAUUAUUAGAAAGUAAAAAAUAAGACAAAUUGAUAUUAUUGGAAGGAUUAUACCGUUCUGUUAUAAAUUUCUGAUAUGGCUGUUCCAUAAAACUGCAAAUUUUCGUUUAUAUUGACAAAUGAUACUUCGUAUACGUUUUCUAUUAGGUUUUAAGUGGAACUUAUUUAAUUGAGGAAUUUGCCGGUUGCUGUAAAUGAAUAAAUCCCAAAGAUAUAACAUUUUUCACAUCAGUUAAACCGAAUUUCGGAAGUUACAAUUCUUAACAUUUAUUCGAUAAGAACAAUUGAAUCUAAAGUCAUCACAUUUUAACGAUUAUGAAAUGGAAGCAAUAUGAUUCAUGCAAAAUUUAGUAACCUGAAUAAUUUUAGCAAAAUGUUUUGUUUUUGAUUUUUUAAAAUUUCGGAUUUUUCUAUCUUUCUACAAUUCUAGAUUUUAAAAUCCUACGAUAUCUUUCUUUUGAAUUUAUUCAGUUACAAUGAUUAAACAAAUAUUUUUCACUGAUGAAUUUUAAUCGAUGUUUUAUUAAUGUAAAAGUUUUAUACGUUAUAGAGGUACAGAGUAUCACAGACUGAUACUUUUUACUAUAUUCCUUAAGCUAAACAAAAUUUUAAAUCACAGCUCAUACAUUCAGUUGUAAAUGAAAUUAAAUUCUUUUAUUUUGUACAUUUUAUUUUAUUUUCUAUAAAUUAUUCUUAAAACAUGCAUUAUGAUACAUAAAAUUAAUAUGUACUGUUUUUAAGAAAUUUUAUGACCGAAAGGAGAAGACGAAGUAAGAGAUACCUCGUUCGAGUGAAAAAAUACGAAUCGGGAGGCAAAAAUUCAUUUGUGAUAUUCGAACUAUUUGUCGACGUUAUAUAGCUUCAUGUUUCUGAAGUCUCUACGAUUUCGUAAAUUUCUUUUUAUUGUAGGCUUUGCCUUCUUUGUCAAUACUUUAUUAUAGAGAUAUAUGUAUAUGUAUUAUAUGUUGUAUAUUUAUAGGUAAAAUUAAUUAAGCAUAGAUUGAAUAUUUAACGUUGGUAGCUGGUAGAAUUACUUCAGAAAGGCUGUCGUGGCUAACGAUUUCUUUUUAUAAACAUUUCGCAGCUAGAAACUUUCGAUGAUAACAAGAUAUCCUUUUUUGAGAAUUACACGUCUGUAGAGUGUUCGUCGUAAUAUCCCGCACAAUU